GAUGCGAGGUCGACUGAGGAGACAGCUGCAUGUUGUUGAACGUGUCGCUGCUGCUUACCAAGCGAGCUGCUCCUGGCUAGAAUGUAGCAUGCGUGGAGUCUGUCCAUUGAUUGUCUUGGGCCGCAAAGUGACGUGCAGGGAUUCAUUCAAAUCAUUCCAGUUGUGCUCUUUCAUAUAUUUUCAGAAGGAUAUUCAUACCACGCUCUUUGAAUUUACAGAUGCGAAAAGAAUGCCCCAGUUUAAGAAUAAGAAGAAGAAUGAUGUUCCUGAUCGAUGGACAGAUUACCAGGCUGUGGGGAAAAGGAUACCUGGGACGCGGUUUAUUGCUUUCAAGGUUCCAUUGAAAGAGUCUCUGAGAAACCGCUUGCCCCCAUCCGAGGCAUUUGGUCCAAACGACCUCCUGCAACACGUGUUGGUGAAUGAAGAACAGCAGCUGGGUCUCAUCAUUGACCUUACUUUCACAACAAGAUACUACAAACCACAGGAUUUUCCAGAGUAUGUGCACUACGUGAAGAUCUUCACCGCUGGACACGAAGUUCCCAGUGACCCUACCAUCCUCAGUUUCAAGAGGGCUGUCAGGAGGUUUCUACGAGAGAAUGAAGACAACGAUGACCUGAUUGGCGUUCAUUGUACUCACGGCCUGAAUCGUACUGGCUACCUUGUGUGUCGGUACCUAAUAGAUGUUGACGGCAUUGAACCCGAAAAGGCCAUCGAAUUGUUCAACACAUCAAGAGGUCACGAUAUUGAGAGGGAGAACUACGUCAACGACUUGCAGCAAGGCCCCAAGAGGAGCAAUGAAGGCAUGGAGGAGCCGGAGCCAGAUCCAGACCCAGAGCCUGAGCCUCGUCAGCGCUUCCCCAACCAGAGGCAGCACAGGCCCCCACUAAACCAGAGCCAGGCACCCCAGCACAACCAGCCCUUCAGGAACCCAAGAAAUUGGCUUGGAGAUCGUGACGGGCCAUAUGGAAACAGUUUUAGGCCUCCACCACCUCACUGGGAGAUGAACCGAGGGUUUAACGGCGGCGGCCCUGGUCUUCUGCCCCCUCCUCCGGCCUUCUUCCAGGGGGGGGCAGGACUCUACCCAGACCCCCCUCCCUUUCUCCGAUUCCCACAGCAACCCCAGUUCUCUGACUGGGACAGGAGGGGACCCCCGCGCCCCGGCCCACCCCGCUAUCCACCACAGUUACCGCGCUACAGGUUUGGAGGCCCGGAUGAGGACGAUGGGGGGGGCAUGGGGGAUAGGGGACGGAAGCAGGAUACUCGGGGGCCACACAGGAGGCAAAGAGACCGCUCCCACAGACACACACACAAACAUGGCAAAAGAGACCAUUUGACUUGACCAGGCUGACUAGCAAGGGCACAUGCAAAAAAAUACAAAAAAAACCACAAGCUCUGCUGUGUUGUGAGGCUGUACCAGAGCCGUGAAUUUGAACACUUAACAAGGAUGCAGAACAAGGAUGCAGACGUUUGGAAGUUCUAACAAAAAGGCAAACUACACAAUGGGUUGUGCAUUCUCAGAAGUCUGUGGCUUACUAACUCACUGAGUUUUUUUUGUGAUAAUUAAAUGUGAGGAGGGAAGCAGACAGAGUUCUUGGCUGUCAUUGAAUGUUUCGUUUGCUCCAGUGACCAAGAGAGUGUUGUUUCUCUUUCGUGUUUUACAUGAUAUUAUUUAUUGAGCUUUGUUAUUACUACUAUCUUUUUAUGGGUUUUAUACCUUAACCAGGAGAUCAUUGCAUCAUGUGGCCUUGGUAUUCUGUUGGGAUUCAAACGUAAAUCAUUUUUUUAAAUCUGGCUGAAGUGCACAAAGGUCACCUAGUAGACUCAAGUGACUGCCAUCUUUGACAAGUAGAAAUCUUUUAACUUUUGUGAACAGCGUUUUAGUAUUGCCAGCUGGGGAUAUAAGUGUCAAGUGCCUUUGUUUGUUUUUUGUCAGAUCAAAAAUAUCAGUCCUCAAAUGAAACAUUUGAAGUCAGUCGGCAUUUGCGUUGCACAAACUGUUGCCAUAUAUGCUGUAUUAUUUUAAUACUUUUUAUUUAAAUUAAGACCUUAAAUAAAAGAACUCAUUAUAUGGA